AUUUCACACAGCAUUCGGCCAUGGCCAGAGCGAGUUAUCGUCUCCAUGCCCUCUUCCUCCUAUCCUGCUUCUGUUCCAUGUCUUCCAUGCACCUCCAUGUCGCUGCCUCACUGUGCUUGGAUGUCCUCCACGUCACCCGCCCUGGCGCAAUCCUCGUCUUCCCAGGGGACGCAUCGAUCGGUGACGGCCGGCGAAUUGCUGAGCCGCACGGCAGCACCGGACGAGUGUCGCAGUACUCGAAGGAAGUGUGGCUAUGGGGAAACCAGACGGGCGGUACGGCAAACCUCACCACCAAUUUCUCCCUCCAAAUUAUUCAGUAUCAGAACAGCUCGUCUUACUUCGCUUGGACUAUGCCCCAUGUCUACGGGCAGAGCCUCGGCCUCCUCCCGUUCCCGGCGGACACCACCGCGAACUGGAACGGCGACCACCGCUCUGUCGCGGUCGAGCUCAACACCUACUUCAACCGGGAGACUGAUGCGCUCGGCAGCGACAGCGAGCUCAUCGGCAUGGACGUCAACUCCAUGGAGUACACGGAGACGACUUCGCCGAGCAAGAACCUCUCGUCUGUUCUCCUCCUGCCCCGCGUUUCCUACCUUCCUUCCCACGCCACUGCACGCUCCUUCGACUGCAGCGGCUCCCUUGGGAUUAACACGACUGAAUUAUGCUCUCCUGUCUUUUUUGUGUUCCAAGAACAGCAAACUGCAGUUGAUUUCUCUGUCGGCAAACUCAAAUAUCUCAACCUCACAGAUGCAAGGAUUUGCGCCGUGGCGGGGCUUGUGCUCUGCUGCAUCCGAGUGAAGAGACCACUGCAGAGUACCGCGGCAACCGAACCAGAAGACGACGGCGAGCAAAUCAUAAGAGGACCUGGGCUCCGGCGAGGAUUGGGGCCUAGGCAGUUUCCUUACUGUGAGCUCGCCGCAGCGACGGACAAUUUCGCGGAGGAGAGAAAGAUCGGGCGAGGGGGAUUCGGUCCUGUGUACCGAGGCUGCUUGACUGACCAAGACCGGCAUGUGGCCAUCAAGGUGCUCUCACAGGAGCUGUCCGUGCAGGGGCUCAAGGAGUUUCAGGCCGAGGUCACCAUCUUGAGCCAGCUUAGGCACCGCAACAUCGUACGGCUCGUCGGCUGGUGCGGUCGCCGGAGAGAGCUAGCGCUCGUCUACGAGCUCGUGCCCGGAGGCAGCCUCGACACUCAUCUCUACAAUCCUGACAGACACUUAACUUGGCCACAGAGGUAUAAGAUCGCGCUCCAGCUCGGCUCAGCCUUGCGGUACCUCCACACGGAAUGCGACCAGUGCGUCGUGCACGGCGACAUCAAACCUGCAAACGUGAUGCUCGACGCGUCCGGCAACGCCAAGCUCGGCGACUUCGGGCUAGCGAGGCUCGUCGACCACGGGGUGGAACCGCAGACAACGCAGGUCGUCGCGGGCACCGUCGGGUACAUCGAUCCGGAGUUCGUCAGCAGCCGGAGGCCGAGCGCGGAGUCCGACGUGUACAGCUUCGGUGUCGUGCUCCUCGAGAUCGCCUGCGGCAGGCGGCCGACGCCGUCGAGGCGAUCGGAUCAAGCAGCAUCGGCGGCGCUGCUAGCAUCGGUCCGGGACAUGUACCGCCGGAAUGUGAUCCUUGACGCGGCGGACCGGAGGCUAGAUGGCGAGUUCGACGGGAUGCAGAUGGAGCGCCUGCUGGUGACCGGGCUUUGGUGCGCGCACCACGACCCGUUGCAGCGGCCGUCCAUUGCGCAGGCUCUGGAUGUGCUACGAUCUGAAGACGCAGAGCUGCCGGUGCUUGUAAUGAUGGGUGAUUCUGGAGAGAUUCGCGGCUUGGAGGAACAGGCUUAUGGUGAUUUGUCUGACAAGAGCUCCGCUUAUUUGGAUGAAUCCGAUGAAACUGCGUACCUUACUACCGAGGAUUCAGCUUAUCUAUUGCAAAUGUAGGUUUCUCUUCUCUCUAAUUCUUUCGGUUGGUUACUUGAGCUGCCUACAUGUAUAUGUCACAAUCUGACAAUCACAUUCCUAAUUUACAAAGUUCAGCACUGAUAGAAUUCGCCUCCUUUUUCUAAA